CGCACUUCUCCGCAUUCCCGUUCCCGAUCCUGAUCCCGAUCCCGAGUCCCUAGCGAAGAGGACUGACCGGCGAGCACCACCUGCGAGAAGCCGCUGGCGUCGGACAUCGUUGAUCUACUUGAUUCCUCCAUCUCACCUAGCUCACGGCUACAUCGCCGGAGAAUCACCAAGCCGGCCUCACAGCUGUAGCCACAGCAGAUAUAGAAACCUGGAAGCCAAGGCCCGAGUAACCCUAACUCUGUACUCCUUUUCCUGAUGCUGCACCUGAUUGGAAGGGUUACAAGUCUCAAAGCAUUGGUCAACUAAUGCUGAUAGUUCCCAUGGCCAGCACAGCUUCAUGGCAUCUAUUGGAGUUCCUUGUUGCCAUCAUCUUCUUCCAUUCCUCUGAAUACAUGCUGGCUAUCUUCUUCCAUGGCCAGUCCAGUGUUACCCUCAGCUCACUUUUGAUUAGCCAGCAUUAUGUCAUUGCAAUGACUUGUGCACUGCUGGAAUAUGCUAUAGAGUUUCACUUCUUUCCGAGUUUAAAAGAGCAUUGGUCGGUUAGUAAUAUUGGACUUAUGAUGGUGCUAUUUGGAGAGUUUAUACGUAAAGCUGCCAUCCUUACUGCUGGCCGGUCUUUCACACAUAUGAUAAGAAGAUAUUAUGCGGAUGAUCAUGAAUUGAUUACUCAUGGUAUUUACAGAUUUGUUCGCCAUCCUGGCUAUUCUGGAUUCUUCAUUUGGGCAGCUGGAACACAGGUUAUGCUCUGCAAUCCAGUCUCCUUCAUUGGUUUUGUAGCUGUUGUUUGGCGAUUUUUCUACACACGGAUACCAUAUGAAGAAUUUUUCUUGAGGCAAUUUUUUGGUUCGCUGUACGCGGAAUAUGCAAGAAGAGUUCCAUCUGGCCUUCCUUUUGUUAAAUAAACCAGUAACAUUCUUGCGGAAGACAUUCAACAAAUAAAUCGAAGUGCAUGAUCUGAUCUAGAGAAAGGAAAAUGUAAGUAGGAACCACAGUGGUUUCCAAGGAGACUAUCUUGUAAUCAGACUAGUCAUGUUGAGAAAUUUCUGGUGUUGAAUAAUUUACUUCUAAUUAUUAUCUAGUCGCAGUUCUUAAACGAUGAGAAAGGCGGCUUCGAGUACGAAUCGACUAGAUUAGGAUUCGAUUGACUAGACACUAUGGUAGUUGAUUGGAAGUUUAUCUAGUCGGCUAACCUAUUGACCUUUGGCUAUGUAAUAAAUAAUUUUUGAAUUCCAACUGAAAGUAUUCAGAAAUUAGCUGUUGAA